UCCGCUUUGAUUGAUUUGCUCCGGGCGGGCGGCCGCGGCGACCCGGGCCUGGCUCCGGGAUGGGGAGCGAAGCCCCCGGGGCGGCGGCGGCGGCGGCGCUGUGAGGAGCAGCCCGGGGGAGGCAGCUGCCGCUCGUCGGUGAGUAUCCGGGAAGCGCCAUCAUGGCGUUCCGUAAGAAGAGCCCCAGGAACCCCCCAGUCCUGAGCCACGAAUUCAUCCUGCAGAAUCAUGCAGACCUCGUCGCCUGCGUGGGGAUGUUCUUCGUGCUGGGGCUCAUGUUCGAGGGAGCAGCAGAAGCAUCUAUCGUGUUUAUUACUCUGCAGCACAGCGUUACCUUCCCCGCGGCAGAAGAACCAGCCACGGACUUAAAGGUCCUUUAUCAUUAUGGCAUCAGAGAUCUGGCCACGGUUUUCUUCUACAUGCUCGUGGCAAUCAUCAUUCACGCCACCCUUCAGGAGUAUGUGUUGGACAAAAUUAACAGGCGAAUGCAGUUCCCCAAAGCGAAACAAAGCAGAUUUAACGAAUCUGGUCAGUUGAGUGCAUUCUACCUUGUCUCUUGUAUUUGGGGCACGUUCAUUCUGAUCUCUGAAAACUGCCUGUCGGACCCCACUCUCUUAUGGGAGGCGCAUUACCAUAACGUGAUGACGUUUCAGAUGAAGUUUUUCUAUAUCUCACAGUUGGCUUACUGGUUUCAUGCCUUUCCUGAACUCUACUUCCAGAGAACGAAAAAACAAGACAUCCCCCGUCAGCUUGUCUACAUUGGGCUUCACCUCUUUCACAUCGCCGGAGCCUAUCUCCUGUACUUGAAUCAUCUGGGACUUGUUCUCCUGAUGAUGCAUUACUUUGUUGAAUUACUUUCCCACAUUUGCGACCUGUUUUAUUUUAGUGAUGAAAAGUACCAGAAAGACAUUUCUCUGUGGGCAAUUGUGUUUAUUUUGGGUCGACUUGUGACUUUAAUUGUCUCCGUGCUCGCUGUGGGCUUUCACCUGGCUGGAGGGCAGAAUCGGAAUCCCGAUGCCGUCACCGGAAACGUGAAUGUGUUGGCAGCCAAAAUUGCCGUUCUGUCGUCCAGUUGCACUAUCCAAGCCUAUAUAACAUGGAAUUUAUUUAAUGUCCAGCUUCAGAGGUGGAUGGAAGAAGAUGCUACUCUUCAGGCCCCAAGUGUGAAGAAGAAACGGACUAAAGGCAGGUCUUCCAGAAAAGGAACAGAAAAUGGGGUGGCAACGUCAAGUAGAGUAGACUCUCCGCAUAAGAGGAAAGAGAAAUCUUCAUAAUGAAUGACAAGCUAAUUGACUAAUGUCCCCAAAGAAGUCUGCUCUUUACUAUCUUUCUGCUCUAGAGAUUUUUCUGUUCUUGAAAAUAGUUUGUGCUGUCUUUAAUUUUUGCUAUGAACUGUGUAAUGUAUUUUUUUAAAGACAGUUGAGAGGAGAGUGAUUAUUAUGAUGGGGAAAAAAUAUUUGGUUUAGACUAAGCUACUCGUCGCCAAAAUGUUUUAGGGAUCACCACAACAUUUUCUUUUUGGUUUGUUUUUUACCUAUCAACAUUUUCCUAAUGAUUUGUAGAGAUAACUACAAAAUUCCACGUAUCAGUGAUACGAUUUCUUGCUCCCACCAAUCUUUUAUAACAUUAGCAAGAUGGUCUCUUUAGAAAUGUCAUAUUUGUAGUGUUCCCUUUCAAGAUAAAACAGAAAUAUUAAGGUGGAAGUCAUAUUCAUUAAGUUUGUAGCGUUCUCUCAUUCUUAGAUUUUUUUUUACAACCGGAGAAAAGAUUUGUAAAACCACCAAAAUAAUGAUGUGUUUUAUAGGUAGUGGUUGUUACUGUUACAUCUCCAUUAAAAAAAGAAAAUACUAAUGGCUAACAUAAGUGGAGAUUUAUUGCCAUAUACUGAAUCAAAAUAUCUUGAAUUAAUAUCAAAGUAUUGCUGAAGAGGUAAAAUCAUUCAUGUUCUUUUGAAACACUUGUAAACUGGAAACCAGAAAAUUAAAUAUGUACUGUAAAAAGGAAAUCAGUUUUUUUAUAUGUUUAUUAACCAUUAUUCUUAAUGAGGUUUGUUAUAAGUUUGUUGUCCACAGCAUCUUAGAAAAAUAUUGUUUAAUCUGUCAAUUAUUGGAAAAAUAAUGCUUACUUGAUUUAUAUCUAUAAAAAGAAUGUCAGCUAAUUACAUGUGUAAAAGAUUUAAUGCACUAACCUUAAACAAUUUGAAAUUCAAGUGGAUAAAUAAUCUACUGAAAGACUUUUGAAAAACAAUAUUAUAAUUAUAGCUGCGCUUCCAUCUUUAAUUGGGAAACAUUUAUCUGUAUGGGAUGUAUUCCUAUUUUGGAUACAUAUAUAUAAAUUGUAUCUUUAUGGAAGCCGAUAGAAACAAUGAGCUGUAGUGGGUAAUUCAUCUUUUCCAAUCAGGGGGUCUCUCAGAAUUAAACUUAGUGUGCUUGUGUUGCAAACCAAAGACAGAAGAGCCAUGCCUGGCAAAGCUUUCUUUUCUAUUCUGUCUGCUUUGAGAGACAUCCUGACCUGCUCU